UGACGGAGAGUCUGACUCUUGAGAAUUAUUGGGCCGAUCAAAUACAUAUCCACACACGGAAAAUCUCCCGAAUUAUUUUUAUUUGUUAAACUAUGGACUGCCGACUAUACAACUCGUCUUGUCUUACCAAAUAACUCCAAUUAACUUUCCUUGAGCAGUCAGUCCCCUUUCACAACAGUUGAACGGCUCUAAAAUAUUUUAGCAAGAUUACGCAAUGAACAUCUAUCUCCUUCCUUUAUUUCAUUUUAUCAGCAUGAAUUUCCAAACACAACCUUGCUCUUAGAUACGUAUGUAGUUGAUUAUAUAUUUCCAUUACACGAACAGAGACCGAUUUGAGAUUUACAGAUAAGUCCGUUCCAUGAGUGGAAGAGUAAUAUUCCAUUAAUCAAUCAGUAUCAGUUAUCCUGCCUUCAGGCAUUUAUAUCUCAUACUUUGUUCUCAUACUCAAACAUAAUUAUUUUGCAAGGGUCUUGUCGACUCUUGGGAACAUUCCAAUGAAGAAGUGUGAGAACAGUCUGGCGUCCCUCGGGGCGAGGCGGCGGACGGCGUCGGUGCUCCUGUUACACUGGAGGGAGGAAGUCCUUUAUUCUCUCAGCCUUGAUCCGAGUACUCAGGUGUUGCUUCCCAGAGUUCAUAGAUUAAAGAGUGUCGUAAUUCAUUAGCGGAUCCAAAGUCUUAAUCUUUGAGAAAAUAUUGAAUUUAACUUUAACAGUAGUGUAUGGAACAUUUGGCUGAUGAAGAGGAGGGAGCAAAUGUUCCAGAUUUUGAAGGAGGCGGCGACGAGAGAUGGCUGCUGCAGGGCACGGGGACCAGUGAGGCCCGGAGCUUAGCCUUGAGCUGGUGUGAGCUCAGCCCGUGACGACCCGGAAAACACACACACACACACACACACACACACACACACACACAGGAGCUCCAUAGUGGAGUGGUUAGCGCACUCACCUCACAAGCGAGAGGUCCUGGGUUCGAUUCCCUGGCGGAGUUAAGUCGGAUGGGCAGUCUCCUUUAAUCUGUGGCCCCUGCUCACCCUGCAGUGACUAGGCACCGGGUGUCAGUCGGGGGCUAUGUCCCGCCUCCCGGAUAUGUGUGGGUGUGAGUUUUCAGCUGUACCCAGAGAUCCGUCACGUAUGAGCUCGGUCAUUCGGAGAGGGUACUGGCUGGCGAUUGCGAGUCUAUUGCAUGGUCUAUGGAUAAGUGAUCAGCCUGCCAUUCCACCAGACUGAGGUACGCAUCUUGUUCAGGACGAUUUAUUUCUGUUUAAUGUGCCCCUUAAGCAAAGGAGAGGGGUGUGUGUGGUGUGUGCGGCCCCAGCUUGGCCCAUAGAUCGGCUAACGAGCUCUAACGCUCUCGUCAGGAGGGUACUGACUGGCGAUCACGAGUUCACCUAGUAAUCAGACCAGAUCAGACCGUCUCAUACACACACACACACACACACACACACACACACACACACACACACACACACACACACACACACACACACACACACACACACACACACACACACACACACACACACACACACACACACACACACACACACACACACACACACACACACACACACACACACACACCUUGUUGCCAAUACUACGGUCCAUGCUUCACGCUAGUCAAAUCUAUUUUGAAAAAGCUUGUGCAGCGCCGCCGCGUCAUUAUCAUAACCCGUGCAAUGGCCGCGGCAAGCGGGUUGCGGCAUUUCCUCCCAAGGAGCAGCCGCAUGAAGCCAGGAAAUAAAUUUAAGUGGCUUUUUUUUUAGCGUUACCUUGACUCCCCGUCUCGGCCAGUGCCUGCCCUCGCUGAUUUAACGCCAAGCUUGCAUGUGACGAUAAUUUUCUGGUAAAGAGUUUGCCGGUGCUGAAUACCACCGCAAGAUCACCUCGGGGUGGUGCUGUUGUGGUCGGAACACGGGGGGGGCGCGAGGGUCGUUCAAGGGCCACUAAGGAGGCACUCUUUUGCUACUUUGUUUUAUCUGUCGUGUGGGAUGAAACGCCGCUGCCUAGCCAAGCCGACACACUGAUCCCUUCCUCACUCUCCUGUCCCCCGGCACGAACGGUAUCCACGUGCUCCUGGGUUCACAGUGCAGAGGGCUGGGCCGUCCCGGAGGGCUGGGUGUCCGGUGCUGGCCGGAGUUGGGGCUGGGAGGGUCGGGAGGGACGACCUUGGGUUACCUUCUCACGAAUGGAACCUAACACCUCUGCACCCUUCCUCUGAUCCCUCUUUUAUCCUACAUUCUUUAUCGCCUCUUUAUAGUGUUCAGCGGUCACCGGGACCCUGUUCGUGUUGAGUGGGCUCACCGGAUCACCCAAGUAAGCAGCACCCAAGGGCACAGUGACACUUCCUUCCCUUUGCCACCUGACGCUAGGACUCGCUCGUCUGCCUCGCCCACAAUGACCGGAGGGCGUGGCGGGCGUGCAGGACGUGAGCGUGGCGUCGCGGGCGGGUGUGGAACGGGCGGUGGUGCUGGCGUGGGAGCAGCGGCACAAUGUGGUCAUGCCCGCGGCGCUGAGGAGCCUCUACAUGGCCACCGACGGCUUCAAGCUCACCUGGAAUUACUCAACCGCCGGUAAGGUCCUGCCGCUGGGCAACAUGGAGGUCCAUCCCCUGGGGCGGGUCAACAGGCUAGGCACUGGGAGGGGAAGCGGGGACCCUCUCGCCCCCUCGAUCACUGACUUAGCAUUGGCCGAGGACCCCCCACUCCCGGCCUCCCUACAAGUGACGCAGAGGUCAGGGGGCCCCAGACCGGUGUCCGCCUCCUCCCCCGCCUUCUCCCCACCCACCUUCCACACGUCCAAGAUGUUCGAAAUUGAUAACUGUCAAGGUUUUGGUCGCGUUGUCGUGGCUUAUCCUGGUCGAGGGGAGGCGUUUCCUGAGGGGUCGUACUGGUUUGUGGACCUAUCGUUGAGGCCGCACGUGCUUGCCGUCGACACGCACACCUACUGGCGCCUCAUGCUGGCUCACCUGGGCAUGCCGCAGUGGCAGGCGCUGGUGGCGGGGCAGGGCCUCACGCCGUGGGCCAGGCAGUGGUACGAGGUGGUGGCGAGUUACCUGUUGGAGGGGCCCCGUCCGCCGCGGCCGCCCCACCAGGCCCCGGACCUUGUUAACAGGCUCGACUGGUCCGUAUUCAAGACCAAGAAGACUCACCAUAAAACUAAAAGCCUCAAGGACGCUUCUAAGGACUCUGCCAACAAAGACGCGGCAGCCAAGGACGCCGGGAAAGCAAAGGAGUAAACACGGUGAACAGCACAAAGGACACGAACACUCCGGGGUCCACGCUUUCUGUUACGGAACUUCAUCUCUCGCAGCGAUAAUACAGCAGCACUGCUCCAGCCUCUCGUGGGGUGCGUGUAUCUCUACCCUGCCAUGAUGCUGAUAUCACUGGAGAAAGAGAAAACAGGACUGGGUUGUUUCAUCUAUGUGUGUCUAUUCGUCUACCUGUUUAUAUGUCUAAGUAUAAAUCUAUACGUACAUUUUUUUUUUACAGCAAAGGAGACAGCACACGGGCACAAAAAAAGGAAACAAUAAAAAAAAAAAACCCGAUACUCACUGCUCCUGUAAAGAAUCCGAAGAGGUGGCCGAAAGAGCAGUCAAUUACAUGUAUUUAUAUUAAUUUAUAUGUAUUCUAUAUUUGACCGAUGCAAUAAAAAAAUGUGUUGGCACUGCGUCCGUUCAUAGAAAGGUACAUGCAAUGACGACCUGCAGCAUAACUAUUGCGGUGACGCAGCCUGAUUCUGUCCUUU